CUAAACAGAGGAGUCUGGCCAGGUUUUAAGGUGCAGCUGCUCCUGCUGUCCUCUUCGAGCGGGCGUGGCGGGAGGAGCAGCAGGAGGGGAGGAGGCUCUGAUUGGCCAGAGCGGAGGCGGGAGGUAGGGAGUUUCCCACAAUGCCCCGCUGCAGCCAGUGCGGCCGCCGAUGGAUGCUGCGGGAAGGUGCUGCCAUUUGCAGCCGCCUGGACCACUGGCUCGCUGAGGGGGGCCCCGCUCCGGCAGAAGCAGAGGCAGGCAGGGAGGGAAGCACCCUUCUCACCCCAGUCCCCGGCAGCCCUUGACAGCGAAACUCCUUUCCCUCGCCUCUCCUCCGCUUUCCCCGCGGGUCGCUGUCCGUUCAGCACCGCGAUGAACCCUCCUUCCACAGCCGGCGAGGAGAAGGGGGCUGCGGGAGGCAGCAGCAACGCUUGCCGGGGAGCUGAAGGUGGCGGGGACCCUAGGAGUGCAGCCGCGGGAACAGCGGACCCGGAAGAGCCCGCACUAACCGCUCAGAAGGAAGAAUCCUUGGAAGAGAAGCUGAAGAGUUUAACCUUCAGGAAACAGGUGUCCUACAGGAAAGCAAUUUCCAGAUCCGGCCUUCAGCAUUUGGCUCCUGUUCAAAACCUCAACAUUGCCAUCACCAACGGCCCAGUGAAGGAGCUCAGAAUGGCACUAGAAUGGAGUGAAAAUGCAGUGAAUGGCGAACAUCUCUGGCUAGAGACAAAUGUUUCUGGGGACCUGUGCUACCUGGGGGAGGAGAGCUGCCAGGUCAAGUUCUCUAAAUCAGCUCUUCGAAGAAAAUGUGCUGCUUGUAAGAUUGUCGUCCACAAUGCAUGCAUGGAACAGUUAGAUAAGAUUAACUUUCGUUGCAAGCCAACUUUCCGAGAAGGCGGCUCUAGAUCUCCCAGAGAGAAUUUUGUCCGACAUCACUGGGUGCACAGACGGCGGCAGGAGGGGAAGUGCAAGCAGUGUGGAAAGGGCUUUCAGCAAAAAUUCUCCUUCCACAGUAAAGAGAUUGUAGCCAUCAGCUGUUCCUGGUGCAAGCAGGCAUUUCACAAUAAGGUCACCUGCUUCAUGCUGCAGCACAUCGAAGAGCCGUGUUCCCUCGGAGCUCAUGCGGCUGUUAUCGUACCUCCCACCUGGAUCAUUAAGGUGAAGAAACCUCAGAUGGUCUCCACAUUAGGAGACGAACCUGAUUGGGCGGGAGACUGGAGCCCCGGAAGGAAAACGGGCGUCUCCUACCUGAAUUGGGAGGGUUGGCAGAAUUCACUGAAAAAUUCGACGAGGCGGAAGAAGAGGACGUCUUUCAAGAGGAAAGCCAGCAAAAGGAGCAAUGAGGAGAACAAAGGCCGUCCUUUUGUGGUAAAACCCAUCUCUUCCCCGCUCAUGAAACCAUUGCUUGUAUUUGUGAAUCCAAAAAGUGGAGGGAAUCAGGGUACUAAGGUUCUCCAGAUGUUCAUGUGGUACUUGAACCCACGUCAGGUCUUUGACCUCUCUCAGGAAGGACCAAGAGAUGCGCUUGAAUUGUACAGAAAAAUGCCAAAUCUUCGAAUCCUGGCCUGUGGUGGGGAUGGAACGGUGGGCUGGAUCCUCUCCAUCCUGGAUGAGCUGCAGCUGAACCCCCAGCCUCCUGUUGCUGUACUUCCACUUGGCACCGGGAAUGACCUGGCUCGCACCCUCAACUGGGGAGGGGGAUACACAGAUGAGCCUGUUGCAAAAAUUCUCUGCCAUGUAGAAGAUGGGACCAUUGUCCAACUGGACCGGUGGAACCUCCAGGUGGAGAGAAAUCCUGAUUUGCCCCAAGAUGAACUAGAAGAUGGAGCACGGAAGCUUCCCCUCAGUGUUUUCAAUAAUUACUUCAGCCUGGGAUUUGAUGCUCACGUUACACUGGAAUUCCAUGAAUCUCGAGAAGCAAAUCCUGAAAAAUUCAACAGCCGCUUUCGAAAUAAAAUGUUUUAUGCUGGGGCAGCCUUUUCAGACUUCCUUCAGAGAAGCUCCAGAGAUUUAUCCAAGCAUGUGAAAGUUGUGUGUGAUGGCACAGACCUGACCCCAAAGAUCCAGGAGCUGAAAUUCCAGUGUAUAGUGUUUUUAAACAUACCCAGGUAUUGUGCUGGCACAAUGCCCUGGGGGAAUCCAGGAGAUCACAGAGAAUUUGAACCACAGCGGCAUGACGAUGGUUACAUUGAGGUCAUUGGGUUCACCAUGGCCUCUUUGGCUGCUCUUCAAGUGGGAGGCCACGGAGAAAGGUUGCACCAAUGCCGGGAAGUGACGUUGCUGACGUACAAGUCCAUCCCCAUGCAAGUGGAUGGGGAGCCUUGCCGGCUGGCUCCCUCGCUAAUCCGAAUCGCCCUGAGGAAUCAGGCCAAUAUGGUGCAGAAAAGCAAGAGGAGGACAUCGAUGCCUAUGCUCAACGACAUCCCUAAAGUGCCCUCUGCUGACCUGAGGAGAGUUUCAGCUCCCCCUGAUUCCUUCGCCAUUCCCCAUGCCGUCUUAGAGCGCCUGAGGAUCAGAGUGAACAGGAUUAGUUUACAGGAUUAUGAGGGACUGCAUUAUGACAAGGAAAAGCUUCGGGAAGCUUCUAUUCCUCUAGGAAUGAUAGUUGUCAGAGGAGACUGUGAUUUGGAGACCUGUCGCAUGUAUGUGGAUCGCCUAGAGGAGGAUUUACAAUCCGUAACUUCAACAACACAGAGAGUCCACUACCAGGACCAGGAAACCUCUUUCCCAAGAGCACUUUCGGUUCAGAGGCUUUCCCCUAGAUGGUGCUUCCUAGAUGCAACUUCUGCCGAUCGCUUUUACCGCAUCGACAGAUCUCAGGAACAUUUGCACUUCGUGACUGAAAUUUCGCAGGACGAGAUUUUUAUUCUGGACCCAGAAAUGGUGGCAACGCAGCCUGCAGGGACGCCUCCAGGAAUGCCUGAUCUGGUAGUGGAGCAGGCCUCUGGAAUAUCAGAUCGGUGGAAUCCUGCUGUUCGAAAGCGCAUGCUGAGCGACAGCGGCCUGGGGAAGAUGUCCCCGCACUACGAGGUACCUGAGAAACAAAAGGAGGCCAGCGAGAUGCACAUGCUGCAGUCUCCAGUUUCUUCAGAAGAUCAAGCACUUUUACAGUCAGUAAUAGCUGGUGAUUUUCUAAAAUUCAUAGACUGCUGCAAAAAAGGAGCUAAUCUGUUAAUCCAAGGACCUGACCACUGUUCCUUGCUUCACCACGCAGCCAAGACUGGGCAUGGCGAGAUUGUGAAGUACAUCCUAGACCAUGGUCCUUCUGAGUUACUGGAUAUGACAGAUAGUGAAACGGGUGAGACGGCACUGCACAAGGCAGCCUGCCAGCGCCACCGUGGCAUCUGCCAGUUAUUGGUGGAGGCAGGAGCGUCAUUGAGGAAAACGGAUUCCAAGGGUAGGACACCUCAAGACAGGGCGCAGAAGGCCGGGGACCCAGAUCUAGCCUCGUAUUUGGAGAGUCAUCAGAACCACCAAGUGGUUCCCCACGAGGACCUAGAGACUGCAGUGUGAUAUUUGUGGUGUGUGUGAGAGAGAAAACCCUAGGAGAUCAUGAGGCUGCGCCUGAGGCAUUCUCGGGUGUCAUGUGAGGAAGGAGCUUAUGGAAUCCAUGCAUCUCUCGCUCUCAUGCAAAAUAUCUGAGAAGAUGCCACCAAUUUCUAAGGGCUACGGAGACUUGCCACGGAACUCUCAUGUUCCCAGAUGUUAGCCUGCGGGGUAAUAGAAGGAGACUCAAAGGUCUGUGGAAUCCAUGGGCCAAGGAAACUUACUAUUACUGCUCUCAGCAAGUAGCAUGAACAUCUCCCGUGUUCCUCUGUAGAAAUUGCUUGGAAGAAGAAGGA